AAAGUAAUAGUCGCAAUACAGACUACGAACCAUAGACUACAGAAGUAGAGGUAUAGUAGUUCCAUCUGUCAAAAUAUCUUUUCCAUUUCGGCCCAGUCAAGAUGGGUAUCAGUCGUGACCAUUGGCAUAAGCGGAGGGCUACGGGUGGCAAACGUGCGCCCAUCCGCAAGAAGAGGAAGUAUGAGUUGGGUCGCCCAGCCGCCAACACCAAACUUGGACCACAACGUAUCCACUCUGUGCGAUCGCGCGGUGGCAAUACCAAGUACCGAGCACUGCGUCUCGACACUGGUAACUUCUCAUGGGGAUCAGAAUGCGCCACCCGCAAGUCCCGUAUCAUUGAUGUUGUGUACAAUGCAUCCAACAAUGAGUUAGUCCGUACCAAGACCCUGGUGAAGAAUGCUAUUGUUGUCGUGGAUGCCACCCCAUUCAGGCAGUGGUAUGAGUCCCACUAUCUUCUACCUUUGGGUAGGAAGAAGGGAGCCAAGCUUACUGAGGCUGAGGAAGCCAUCAUCAACAAAAAGCGCAGCAAGAAGACUGCCAAGAAGUACUUGUCAAGGCAACGUCUCUCCAAGGUUGAAGCUGCUUUGGAAGAGCAAUUCCACACAGGACGUCUGUUAGCGUGUGUCGCAAGUCGGCCGGGCCAGUGCGGCCGCGCUGAUGGCUACGUUCUAGAGGGUAAGGAGCUGGAAUUCUACCUGAGAAAGAUCAAAUCCAAGAGGGCUAAGUAAAGAUGUAAACUUAUAAAUAAACCAUAAAAACACAA